UAGAAAAACCCUGUGUGUUGAACAGUCACAUCAUAAAGUGCGACACGAUGUGGAUCUCUCUUUUGCUGGUCACACAGUGGUUUUCCACAACUCAAGCUGGUGGCUGGUGUGAAAAUGCCAUCGAUAACUGUCAAAAAUAUGGUGAUGAUGAGCCCUGGACGAGAUGUUAUGAGGACAGCAUUGGGAGCUGUACCCUGAGAUCCCGUGUCAAGACAGACUUCGUUGUUCUGCUGGUGAACUCGUCUCAAGAGGCAGAAGUAAGUCCCACUGGUGAUCACAGGGUUUACAUCCCAUCUUCAGCUCUCAAGAGAAGCACAAGAGCUAGGUCAACAGCGAUGGUACGACUGGUGGUCACUGUGAUCAACAGCACUUAUUUCGAGAGAAAAGGACAUGCGAGUCAGUUCAUACCAGACCAGCCUGUCAGCCUGAAUGGCAUUGUAAUGGGGGGUUGGGUUCUGGUUGUGAAGGCAGGGCACUCUCCUGUCCAGAACCUUCCAGAGCCCAUCAAAUUAACCUUCAAACACAACAAACAGGUGGAAAAUGGACAAUGUGUGUUUUGGAAGGAUUUGGAGGAUGACAAAGGAACAGCUGACUGGAGCAAGGAUGGCUGUGAAACCUGGAAUAACGGAGCUGAAUUUAUUUGCAGCUGCAACCACCUGAGCUUCUUUGCCGUGCUUGUGAACCCUGAAAUAUCAGUGGAUGAAAGUGAGGCUAUGAACCUUAGCUACAUAACCUACUCUGGAUCAGCACUCUCCAUCUUCUUGUUGAUUAUCAGCUUGAUCAUCUACAUAUACCUACAACGACGACGUCCAGAGAAAGCCAUCAGUGUGCAUUUGCAACUGACGGGAGCGCUGCUGUGCCUCCACCUCAGCUUCCUGCUGUGCAGCUUCUGGGUGUGGCAGCUGAAGGAUAAUGAAGAAGAUUGGGUUUGCCAAGGUCUUGGUCUCUUGUUACACUGGUCCCUGCAGGCCACCUUCAGUUGGACAGCUCUGGAAGGAUUCCACCUCUACCUUCUCCUAGUGCGAGUCUUUAACAUCUAUGUCAGGAGAUACCUGCUCAAACUCAGUCUGGUGGGAUGGGGUCUUCCAACAAUGAUUGCAGUGGUUUGUGGGAUUUUGGGUGUUUAUGGCAAAUACAGUCUGCCGUCGAAGGAUGCCAACGUCACCAGUUCAACAAUGCAGAUGUGCUGGAUAAGCAGCCAAUCCCAACAAAGGCUUUUGAUCAGCUACAUCACAACUGUGGCUUUCCCAUGCCUGGUGAUCCUGUGUAAUUCCUGCAUGCUAGGGCUGGUGGUGUUUAAGCUCUGGCAGGUGCGAGCAGGUAGUGGAGGCACUGGAAGCAGCAAUAGCUGGAAGAAAAUGAACAAAGAGAAAGGGAUCAAGUUAUGGAAGGACUGUGCCACUGUGCUGGGACUCAGCUGUAUGCUGGGUUUACCCUGGGUGCUAUUGAGCACCACCUACAUCUCCAUCCUUGGGAUCUACAUAUUCACCAUACUUAACUCCCUGCAGGGUUUAUUUAUGUUCCUGUGGUCCGUGGCUUUGAUCUACAAGUCUCGAUCUGACAAUAACUCCUUAACCAGAGACCCCUCCUCUCAGAAAGUGAUGACUACAAGUUUCAAUAACUGAUAUUCAUCCCUGAAACUAUUAUCCAUUACCUAUAUUAGGUAUUUACUGGACUUUGAACUCGAGUCAGUUUUUAGAUGAUAACUAACGAUACCCUCAUCAGCUGAUGUCUUGCAACUUCCUCAAAGAAAGAUUGCAUGGGCAAACAUGAACAGUAACCCUUUUUUAAGUAUUUAUUGUCAUUAUGAUUCUCGCGGUGACAGGAUCAUUAUGGACAGGAAAAGAUUAUCAGUGUUGAAUCACUGAAAAAGAAAAAGAAAAAAAACUUUGUGUCCUUUGAGCAUAAUAAUACAUGUCAUGAUAAGGAGGACAACAUCAGCUCCAUACACUUCAAGACACAGUGGUUUGCACGUAUUUGUCACAUUUGUUGCAGAAACUGUAC